AUGGAGGACAACCACCGUUACCGCGUCGAGUACAGCGAGAAUAUCGCGCCGAAGUAUCCGGCGGGGAACCACGAUGGAAUCGAAGUAGUUCCUAGCGACUCCCCCUUUUAUCCUCAUCCUAUAUAUAACGCUCCCGCUCCCCCGGCGAAGGGUGGCCAGGAGUGGCCUUCCGUGCCGAAUGGUUGGUCUGGUGCGCCGCUAUCAGCGGUAACAGUACCCGAAGAGCAUAGUAGGGAGGAGAAGCGGAGAGUUCUGGGCCUUACCGUUCCGAAAUCUAACACGAGUGUAGCGAGCGACACGACAAGCACAUACCAACCAUCAAGGACAUCAGCCGCGCCGGCUUCCGCAACGACGACCGCACCGGCCAACGGACCCCUUCCCUCCGACGGCGGGUGUCCUCUGAUCAACGGGCAGACGUACACGCCGUACGCGGUAGACGGUAAACCCAUCCCGCUCGCGCAGGGUCUCGAGGGACAGCAGUUUCGGCAGCAAUGUUAUACGAACUACGUCGCGUCAGGGACAUCCCAGACGCACGAUAUCCUACGGAUAUUCAUGCCCAGUCUCGAGAAUUGCAUGAUGGCUUGCGCUGAGUACAACUCGGCGUACUACGCCAACUUAGGGAACGGGACGGGUGUUGGUGGCGGGUUCUGUGUGGCCGUGACGAUCGUCAAGGUUGAUGCUGGGUUCUGCUACUUGAAGAACGGGACCACUACGAACAACACCCUGGGCCAUCCGGAUAUAUAUUCGAGUGCUGUGCUACUUACCAAGAUCGACUUGCCGGAUUCUUAA